GAGAGAGAGAGCUGUGUUUGCGAAGUCGGAGAAAAGCUGAGAGUGGCAGAAGAAAGUUGACACCGUGUAGACGCAGCGCAACCGCAACAAGGAUUAAUCAGAUAGGCUACUUUGUCCUGUCUGCGAGGACAGAGAGCGAGCCGAGCACGAUGCGAGAGAGGAUGCUGUGCAGGGGGAAGGGGGCUCUCUGACAGAGCAUGCACACCACCACUACCACCACCCACACCACCGCUGCACAGGUGGAGGCUGAGACAGGGGGGGCAUCCGCAUGCAUUCACCGCCGCAUCAGCGCCGCUCGACGGACGGACGUUUGACUCUCUGUGACUCAGCGCGCGCAUUCCCUCUCUCACCUAAACACGUGUAGGAUACAUAUACAAUCCACACACACGCGCGCACGCACACUGAUACACGCACACACACAUUUUGCACAUGCCCACGCCAAACGCAAGCAAACCAGUGGAUCAGUGUGGAGCAGUCAGCCGUGUGUGGAUGGUAUAAACCGGAUUCCCCGUGUCUUCUCAAAGGACUCGACCCGAGGACAGGACAGGACAGGACAGACCUGAGGACAGGACAGGACAGGACAGACCUGAGGACAGGACAGGACAGGACAGGACGGAUCCGUUCCCAACGUAAAGGGAAUGAAAAGACCCUGAACAGAGACGUUUUUCAUCUCUUCUCAGUUGUCAGCUCACAGUAGAAUUUCGCCACCUCUCAACCUCAUCGUCCUUGUCACACUGGACAAAGAGCUGGCUGACUCCUCGUCUGUCCCGAAUGGAACCCUCUUAAGGUGGAUGGGGUACAUUGAAAAUACAUGUCCCAAAGGAGCGCUGCCGCGGCAGGCAACAAACCCACGGCCAUAAAUCAACAGUGGAGGACUUUGAUUUCUUCAUUAUCGCUUCCUGCAACAACAACAGAGGACAGGCAUGUUGGCAGGCCGGCUGACCUGCCGAUGUGCACCAUAGGAUUCUAUUUCUGGAGCUUCAUUGCUUUUACAGAUUAACUGCCCUCAAAUAUGGCCCCAAUCCGUUCAUUGUGCCACUAGUUUGACUGCUGCCGGAGGUUGUGCAUAUUCAAGCUGCAAAACACCCCACUGUGCAUCACUACAGUCAUUUGAAGACGGGCUGCCUUUGGCCUGUAAAAGUCAGUGCAAAAAAACAACAACACACGGCUGUAUGUCACAACAGACUGAAAGUCAUUUUUGUUUUUCUCCUUACAAUCAUUUCUCAACUCAUUGGCCAUUUCCAUCCAGAACAGUUGCAGGGAAAGAUUGACAUCCUGAGCUUUCAUGCUAAUAACAUGACAUUGUGCUUAGAUUAAGACUUUACAUGUGAUUGCAAGAGACAUUUUUCAUGAGUCGCUGAGGGCAAAUCACACUGAAAAUCCCAUUGCCCAGUGUUUUCAUUAGCCUGUCUGGGGCUAAUCAAGGUCCUCCAUCAUCGGAAUUGACAUUUCCAUAUUGAAUGAGAGAGAAAGUAGCCAGCAUUAGCAUAUUCAUGAACACUGACGCAUUCAAUCAUGUGAAAUGAAAGACGUGGGGCGGCCAUCACAGCCCUGAAACAAAUAGUUUAUGACUUGAAUCCCCUUACACAAUUUCAGCACAUCCCAUACAUAGCACACUGGAGAAAGCUACCACUGGAUAUUUUAUAAACCUGGCGUGUGUUGUUGGCCUCUUGACCAAGGCCUAUAAUAACAUGAAAAUUAAGGAACAGGAUUAAAGAUGGAUUAUCACUGAAACACUAAAGCCACCAAAGCAGCUGCCAUUGCAUAAAUCCAUUGGGCGCUCUUUAGGGAGACGCUCCACACAUUGAUUUGAAGAUUACAUUUUGGUUGUUGAUGUAGUGGCCUCUUGUUGGUAUUAAAAGAUAGGGAUGGAGAAUUUAGAUGAGGUGGAGCACCCUCUUUUGGGAGAAGGCCCCAAUAACAGCUGUUCAUCAGCUCCGGGGAUGGGGCUGGGCCCCGUGACCGGACAGGCCCCUGGCGGGACGUUUAAGGGUGUCUUGGUUAGGUGUGAGGAGGACAGGGCCUACCCUCCGUUAGCGUGGAGGAGCUAUUGUGGACAUCCUCCGGAGCUUCAGCAGCAGCAGCUACUGGACCCUUGCUCUUUACCUCGCACACUGGAGUCCUUCUACCCGGCGGCCCCCAUCUGGGGACACUCAGACUCCCUGCUCAGCAAAGACUACCUGGAGACCACCUUUGUGGACAUUCGGCCCGGCUCCACCCUGGAGAGGAAGCUGCUGGCUGAGACGCAGGACUUCCACAGCGAGGCGUACAGCGUGGACGAUGAGGAUGACCUGCUUCCCGACUCUGACGACUCGUCUAUUGAUGACUUCAGUGAUACAGACAGUGAGAGCAACUUCCCUCUGAUGAUCCCUCAGGACUACCUGGGUCUCGCCUUCUUCUCCAUGCUCUGCUGCUUCUGGCCCCUGGGCAUCGCUGCCUUCUACCUUUCACAGAAGACCAACAAGGCCUCGGCUCAGGGGGAUUUCCAGGGCGCCAAUGCCGCAUCUCGCCAGGCUCUGUGGCUCUCAGUGCUCUCCAUCGUGUUCGGAAUCAUAACGUACAUCUGUGCCAUCGCUGCGUUGAUUUCCUACCUGUCUGGAAAGCCAUUAUAAAAGCAACUCAUGCACACACAAAAAAAUAAAAACAGACCUCAUACGUACAUGUCAUAUUAUCAACACAACGUAUCACCUGUAAAUGUGAAAUAAUCACA